AUGCACACCGACAUCCAGGGUCGCGGGAGCAGGGGAGGCGGGACCAUUCCAGUGAGAUCCCGAUCCCGACCCACUGCGGAGUACUUCCAGCGACCACCGUGCAACUGCGAGGCUGAGCCAGAAAAGACUUUCUCGUUCCAGAGAUCACCCCCAGAAACCCUGACCAGUCUAUGCACUCGAUCCUAUCAGAAUCUCUCUUUCCUCGAGGAUCUCUAUCCUGAUCCCGGGAACAUAUCUGUCCGCUUCUCGACUGGAUCCAGUCCUGGUAGCUCCUACAUCCCAACUCCUCCAACACCCCCACAGUACCCUUUCUUCUCGGGACAAUUGACAUUCAAGGAUGUGGCCAUAGAUUUCUCUCAGGAGGAGUGGGAGUGCCUGCACCCAGCUGAUCGGAAGCUGUACAUGGACGUGAUGCUGGAGAAUUACAGGAACCUGCGCUCUCUGGAUCUUGCUGUCUCUAAGCCAGACCUGGUUACCUUUUUGGAGAGAUUGAAGGCGCCCUGGGAUGUUAAGCAAAAAAAGGCAAUAUCCAUCCUCCCAGCUCUGUCUUCUGAGGACACCUUGGAGUUGUUGCCAAUCCCAGGAAUAGAAGAUUCAUUCCACAAAAUGCUACUGAGUACGUGUAAUGAUGAGAGAAGUGAUCAAUUCAGUAAAUCUGGGAAAAACUUUAAACAAGGGUCGGAUGUUAAUAAGCAUCAGAGAUAUCAGUUUCCAGAGAACCAGCAUACCCAUGGCAAAGACUCAUGAAAGCUCAAAUCUUACACAUCAGAAUAGUUAUAUUGGAGAGAAGUCAAACAAAUGCAGUAAAUUUGACAAGUCUUUGAACAAAUCUUUGUAUCUUACUGAACAUGAGAAUAUUCAUCCUGGGAAGGAACCUUAUAUAUGUGUUCCGUGUGGGAGAGUCUUUAGUCGAUUAUCCAGUCUCAACGAUCAUAGGAAAAUCCACACUGGAGUGAAGGUUUACAAAUUUAGAGAAUGUGGUAAAGCCUUCACUAGGCAUUCACAUCUUACUACACAUGAGUUAAUCCAUAGUGGAGAGAAGCCUUGCA